CAAUGGCUGAAUGUCAAUGAAAAUUUCACAGUGCAUGAAUGCAUGAUGAUGAUGAUGGCAUACAUGCUUCUUAACUGUAACUAACAGUCCAUCCUCUCUCUCUCUCUCUCUCUCUCUCUCUGGUUCACAAAACCUCACUCCCACGCAACGUAGCAAUACUCUUCCUUUAUAAUCAGCUUCCCACAAACGCGAUGUUUUCUCUCUCACGCAUCUCUCUCUCUCUCUCUCUCUCUCUCUCUCUGAAAAAUGGUAACCGUCACGCGCCCUCUCUUCCUCCUCGCAGUCGCUGCCGUUCUGCUGCUCCUCUCUCCCUCCGCCGCCAACAUCGCCGACGAUCUCCGCCUCGCUGGCGACUCCAACUUCCCCUCCAUUCAGGCCAAGAAGCUCAUCAGAGAUCUCAACCUCUUCCCUCGUGAAGAUGCCAACAUCAUUCAAAAAGAAUCUCCUAACAGCGACAGAAGUGCGAAGAUCGUCGAGAAGCCGUUGAGGUUCCCUAAUUUUGUGUCAGGAGGGAUCUCCGUCGACGAUUUGGGCCACCGUGCUGGCUAUUACCCCCUUCAGCAUUCUUAUGCAGCAAAGAUGUUCUACUUUUUCUUCGAAUCACGGAACAACAAGAAGGAUCCUGUGGUGAUUUGGUUGACUGGUGGACCUGGCUGCAGUAGUGAGCUGGCUCUGUUUUUUGAAAAUGGUCCCUUCAAAAUUGCUGACAACAUGUCCCUUGAGUGGAAUGAAUAUGGUUGGGACAAGGUAUCAAACCUUUUGUAUGUUGACCAGCCAACUGGGACUGGGUUUAGUUACAGCAGUGAUAGUCGUGACAUUCGUCAUGAUGAAGAUGGCGUGAGCAAUGACCUGUAUGACUUUUUACAGGCCUUCUUUGCAGAACAUCCAGAGUAUGCAGAAAAUAACUUUUAUAUCACGGGUGAAUCAUAUGCUGGGCAUUAUAUUCCAGCUUUUGCAGCUCGUGUCCAUAAGGGAAACAAAGCUAAAGAAGGAACUCAUAUUAACCUGAAGGGAUUUGCCAUCGGCAAUGGGCUUACUGAUCCUGGAAUUCAGUAUAAAGCUUACACAGAUUAUGCACUGGACAUGGGCUUAAUUCGGCAGGCUGACUAUGAUCGUAUAAAUAAAGUGAUGGUUCCAGCCUGCGAAUUGGCAAUAAAGCUUUGUGGAACUGAUGGAAAAAUCGCAUGCACAGCCUCCUAUUUUGUAUGCAAUACAAUAUUCAGUUCCAUCUUGGCACGUGUUGGUGAUAUCAAUUACUAUGACAUUAGAAAGAAGUGUGAGGGGAACCUUUGCUAUGAUUUUUCUCCCAUGGAAAAGUUCCUGAACCUAAAAGCUGUCCGAGAUGCACUUGGGGUUGGGGAUAUUGAUUUUGUAUCUUGCAGUACUACAGUUUAUCAGGCUAUGCUGGUGGAUUGGAUGAGGAAUCUUGAAGUUGGAAUUCCCACUCUUCUUGAGGAUGGAAUUGAUUUGCUUGUUUAUGCUGGAGAAUAUGAUCUCAUCUGCAACUGGCUCGGUAAUUCAAAGUGGGUUCAUGCAAUGGAAUGGUCUGGCCAGAAAGAAUUUGUAAACUCUCCCGAAGUUCCCUUCACCGUUGAUGGCUCAGAAGCUGGAAUAUUGAAGAAUCAUGGAGCUUUAAGCUUCCUUAAGGUGCACGAUGCGGGUCAUAUGGUUCCAAUGGACCAACCAAAGGCUGCAUUAGAAAUGCUGAAGAGGUGGACUGAGGGAACCCUGUCUAAAUCCGGAGAUGAUGCGCCAAAAAUGGUUGCUGAUAUGUAAUAUCUUUUUCAUUGCAAUCAGUGUAGCAAAAGGGUAGAUUAAUGACCAUCAACUAUUUGUAUAUGCUGCUUUGGAUGUUGAGCCUUUUCUCAUGCCAUAACUUUACAAGGAAAAAGCACCCAUUUCUGUGUAUAA